GAAAGUUCACUGAUUCGUCACAAGUGCAUUUAGAAUCUAGACGAGAAGUGCAUAUAGAUUUAUAUUAUUUAUAACUACACUUUCUCUGUAGUUAAUUUUCGCUUUAAAAUAAAAUAAAGGUAUAUUCAUAAUUUUUAAUGUUGGAAAAAAGUAAAGAUGAAAGAUGAAAGGUGAGUUUAACUAAAGAAGAAAUAAAAAUUAUCACGUUGUAAUAUUGUAUCACGUGAAAGUUGAUUCCACAAGACUUCUACACGUAAUGUUAAAUAAAUAAAAUAUUUGGAUAUCAAUAGAUCAAUUGUUAAAUAAAAUAUUUGGAUAUCAAUAAAUCUCGUCAGAGACUUAAAAGAGCGUGCUUAUUUAACGCUUUACAGAUAAAUUAUAGAAAUCAAAUACCAUGAAGAGAUAACACAGAGAGAAUAAGAAAAGAGAGCUCAUCAAGUCAAUAUAUAAAAUAAUGGAAAUUCAAACUUUUAUAUUCUUUGAUCUGGAAACAACUGGUCUGAUUCAAGAAAAGCUUAUGCCAAGAAUCACAGAAAUUGCUUUAAUCGCUGUUGGAAGAGAAUCAAUAUGUAAUAGCAACAAAGCAUCUCUGCCACGAGUCUUACACAAAUUAAUACUUCCGAUUAAUCCCCAAAAAAUUAUACCGCCAAAUGUAGAGUACAUAACAACACAUAACGGCAAAAGAUUUGACUAUCCAAUAUUCUUGCAUGAACUCGAGCGUAUAAAUAAAGUUCUUGAUGACAAAAUCCUCUGCAUUGAUACGUGGAAAAUGUUUAAAGAUUUCUUCGAGAAAAAAGACUCUGAACCAAAAAUGAUCCAAAAUUUAUUGAACGAUGAAUAUAAUGAUUCACUUUCUAUGUUGGAUAUGAAUAUCGGAAUAAUAGGGCAAGAGGCUACGGCAACGUCCACUUCGCUAAUGACAUCUACCUAUGAUGGAUAUAUCAAAACUAUAAGCAAUAAGAAAUAUGAUACAAAUGAAGUAUAUAACGGUAACAUUGAUAUCGAAUCGUCGAAGAAUUUUAGACAAAAAGAUAACGAGAAAACACCGGAGAAUCAAAUAAUAAGGCAUGAAAUCGGUCAUAUCGAACGACCAUUUAAAAAAAAUUAUCCAAGAAAGAGAUUGGAUUUUGGGUGCGAAGAGAGACCAGUCAACCUGAAACUCAGCACCAUUUACAAAUAUAUGUUUGGUUCAAAUGUCCCUCAGGAACAUUCAGCCGAGGCCGACUGUCUUGCCAUGAUACGUUGCGUCACUAAUAUCGUCGACUUCUUCCUUGAAUGGUCAGGCAAUCACGCAAUUCCAUUGGCUAGCUGUAAAGGAAUUUAGUUCAAUGUUAUUAAUUGAUGUUGUAAACAAUAGAAAUUAUAUAGGGUGUCCCAAAAGUCCCGGACCGGUCGAAUAUUUCAUAAACUAUGCACUUUAAAAAGAAAUGUUUCAGACAAAAGUUGUAUGGCUUCUUUCUAAAGUGCAUAGUUUAUAAAAUAUUCGAACGGUCCGGCACUUUUGGGACACCCUGUAUACAAACAAGUUAAGCAUGAUACAAAACAAUACAGUACAAAGGGAAUAUGUGAUUGUUGUUGAAUUAAGAUAUAAGGCUAGUGUGUGAAAUUAAUGGUAAUGUUUGCCAAAGCUCUCAUCUCUAUACAUUGGAUUAGUAAGUGCGAAUGACUUUAUAACUUGGAUUUUUAGUCUGAAUGAGACUAUUUGUGAUAGCAAAAUAUGACUCAUUGGCUGUUCAUUUCCUUUUUAUAUAUAUAAAAAUUAAUAUAUAAAUUUAUAAUUUAUCAUAAGUACGAAAUUAAUUAGCAAUCUUAAUGGAUAGCUUUGCAUAUGUAGUAGUCUACUUCAAUAAUGCAUGUUGAAUUAUUGUUUAUACUGAUUUAUUAAU